AUGAAUAUAAUAUUUCUUCCAUUAAUCUGCCUGGGAAUAGUAUCAGUUCACGCUUUGCCAGAACCAUCUGUUACUCCAACCUCAGGAUACACGAAUGAUCUCCGAAUUAAUGGAUUUGGAUCGACGAACAGAGGAUUCAGACCCACAACAGUAGCCAGUAGAGAAGAGGAAGAAUAUAUAUAUGACGAUGAAAUCGACAAUGAACCUGAACAAAGUCAAGACAGAGCUCCUACAUACGCUAACCAAAACUACCCUAUACAAUUAAAAACGACGCUGCAACCGAACCAGAACUAUCCGAUUCCAGUAAGGGCGGCAGGCAAUAAGAUUUACCCAACGAAUCCACCAAAAUUUGAAAGGAGACCACAGCAACAUCAGCAGCAGCAGUUCGUCAGACGUGGAGAACAAAUACAGGAAGUGAAUCAACUAGAAGAAGAGAAAGAAAUAGAAGAACCAGACAGGCUGAGCUUGUUGCUGCCACAGUCCAAAUUCCACUGCAAUGGAAAAAAUACCGGUUAUUAUGCUGACGUAGAAUUGGAUUGUGAAGUAUUUCACUAUUGCCAGGAGAACACCAAACAUUCUUGGAUAUGUCCAGAAGGAUUCAGCUUCCAUCAGGUUCAUUUGAUUUGCAUGCCACCAGGCGGUGAGAACGUUUGUGAAAAAUCCACAGAUUAUCAUUUCGUGAAUGAUUACCUGUACAAACCUCUCAAUUUAGAAGAGCAUCAACGAAAACCCAACAUUACUUUGGUAUAUUCCGACAGGUAUUAUCCGGAACAGUACCGAUCUAGAUACGACGAACAGGAAGAAGACGAUAGGCCUGUACAUCAUCAACACUCUGUAAGUUGAUGCCCA